AUGGACAGUCCGUAUGACAGAGGUGAUCAGUCUGAUGAUGGAGAGGACCAAAGUGAGGUAGGCGAGUCCACUUUUCGUGACCAGCAAGAGGAAGAAGCUGUUUCUGGAGUGUCAGAUUCCGAGUCUGACAGUGACCCGGAAGCAGAUCCAGAUGGAACUGAUUCUGGUUAUGACAACAAUGAUGGUGUUGGAGUUGUUCCGGAGCUGUCCCUCAUGGAUGGCGAGUCAAUCCUGGUCCAACAGCCACUUGAAAUGGAAGGUGAAGGUGACGGAGAUGAGGAUACUGGUAUAAGCACACAGGCUGAUGACGUGUCAGAAUAUGAAGGGGAGGGCACUAGUCGCACAGAACAGCUACAGCAGGCUGACCUUGAAAAGAAAGAACUAGAAAAAAAAGCAAAAAAGAAGAAGAAAAAGAAAAAAAUAUACUACAUCUGCCUUGCCAACUGCAAGUAUGAAGUUGUACGUAAGGUAUCCCGAAAGUUUGGAUUUAAGGAGGUUGGAGAAGAUGAAGACUGGACUCUCUAUUGGACCGAUUAUUCUGUGGCACUGGAACGUGUGAUGGACAUGAAGAAGUACCAGAAAAUUAACCAUUUUCCUGGGAUGAGUGAAAUUUGUCGAAAAGACAUGCUGGCUAGAAACAUGAACAGAAUGCUGAAAUUGUUCCCUAAAGAUUACAAUGUAUUCCCGAAAACCUGGUGUCUUCCUGCUGAUCAUGGAGAUUUCCUGGCCUUCACAAGACAGAAGAAAAACAAGACCUACAUCCUUAAGCCAGAAACAGGUUGUCAGGGGAAAGGAAUCUGGGUCACCAAGAACCCCAAAGAAAUCAAACCACACGAACAUAUGAUAUGUCAGCAGUACAUGUGUAAGCCUUUAUUACUAGACGGAUUUAAAUUUGACUUAAGAAUCUAUUGCCUAGUCACCUCCUGUGAUCCGCUGAGGAUAUUCCUCUUCAAGGACGGCCUGGCUCGAUUUGCAACCAACAAAUAUAGCGAACCAACCAAUAGCAAUAUUGAUAAUGUUUUCAUGCAUUUAACUAAUUAUGCCAUCAACAAACACAGUACAGAUUUCAUCCGAGAUGAUGAGGCGGGAAGUAAAAGACGUAUCAGUACUGUGGACAGAUACAUGCGUCAAAAGGGAUACGACAUUGACAAAAUGUGGAGUGACAUUGAUGACGUCAUUAUAAAGACUCUCAUAUCAGCGCACUCUGUUCUCAAACACAACUACCGCACAUGUUUCCCUAACCAUGUCAAAGGCAGCGCCUGCUUCGAGAUCUUGGGCUUUGAUGUUCUUCUUGACAGGAAGCUUCGACCCUCGAUACUUGAGGUAAAUCAUUCUCCUAGUUUUAACACUGACUCAGAACUAGACCGUGAAAUCAAAGGUGCUUUGGUGUGGGACACACUUAACUUAGUCAAUUUUGGUGCUUGUGAUCGCCGUAAAUGUAUUGAUGAGGAGAAACGGCGGAUAAAAGAAAGGCUUCUCGGGAGAGGUACAAAGAAGGAGACCAAGGAGGAACUAGAGUUGGCUCAGGCUCAAUACUUGGAGACUUUGGAAAGAUACGAGAACGGCCACCUUGGAAAUUUCCGGCGGAUUUAUCCAGCACCUGGUUGGGAGAAAUAUGACAAGUUUUUCCACAGCAGUGGAACUUUGUUCCAAGAAACAGCUGCUUUUAAAGCAAGGACUGAAUUAGCCAGGCAACAACGAGAUGACAUAGCUCGCAAGAAAGAGAAAUUAGAGUCCAUGUUAAAAGGAAAGAAAGGAAACACAACUGGUCUUCGCCCAGAGAGUCCGAAUAGUCGUAGACGACGGACGCUUAGACGGACAACUAUGCCCUCACGACGUCUUCUUAGCUCACGUAACAGUCUUGAGGUGAUGGGCAGCGAAUCAUCACGCCAGGUGUAUGAUGAACCACUUGACACCUCGAAGCCUAUGGAUAUCCUUGAGGAGGAGGAGCUUGAGAGGAUCAGUGGUUUGUUACAGCGUGACAAUUUGGUGCGUGGUCUUGGCAUUGUCGAGCAUGUGUACCGCCUUCUUCAUUGUACACCAGGUACCAUGGGAGUCCUGAAAACAGAUGCUCGUGCUCUCCCUCCUCCUCUGAUCUACAUCCAUAAUCCAUUAGCCACAAGACCAGAUUCACAGGAUAACCAGCGGUGGCUGUGCUCUAGUAGAAACACAGAGUCUUGCCUAAUGGGGCGCCAAGCCCCUGUACGUAUUAAGGACAGACAGUAUUAUAAAAAGCUCCUGGAUAGGUACUUUGGACACAACCAUGCCCUAGCAAAUGAGAUCUCCACAAAGGGAGAUAAACGAGGCAAACAACCUAAGACUGCAAACCAUGCCAACUGCACUUCUAACUAUCAUGGCAGUGUGUUUUGUCAAACCCGUGAAGAUACACGGCAAUUCCCACAAGUUAGACUCUCGUACAGCACGAGCGAUCGCAAGGUGGUCCUUAUGCACCAACCUUUUGUCACCACUGACGAGUGUGAUGGGGAAGAACUAUAUGAGGAUGAGCCAAGCUAUGGCUCCUCAGGCCGAAGUACCACAUGGCAGGGAAAGUCAGGAAGUCUGGGUAGCCUUAACGAGAAGACUGUGCCAUCCUACCAGAGAAGUAAGUUUGUGAGGAAACCGUUAGGAGGAUCCAACAGGUCGGCAGGUGGCACGGCCAUCAUUCCUGAGACAGAGUACCGAAAUAAUAUGACCCAUCUAAUGGAUACGGAGGCUGAGAGAGCCCGCCUGCUGGCUAAGAAUGGUUACACAAUGACAGGAGAGUGGCGUUCCGACACCACAACACCCAGUGCAUCACACAAACGUACCCUAAGUGCACACGGCCAGCGCAAAGAAGCUUUCAGUACUCUCUACUCAAAUCGCACGGUGUGGCAGUAUCACCUAGAAAGUGUCCCACUGGACACGUCAAUCAAGAGCCCUAAAUCCGCUGAGUCAGCAGGAAUCAACCUACCCAGAGUCCCAGCUAAUUGUGGGCCGCAGGGUCUAUCAGUGGUCUCGGCCCCUGCACCUGUAGUCCAGCGCCCAGAACUCGCCUCCCGGUCAGAACUUGAAUCCCCAGGAGCAUUAUCCAUAACUAGAGUGGGAUCCAAUCAGUCGAUGCCAGAGAGCCAAGGCAGUUCAGCCCACUUGCGGUCGACCAAGUCCCAGCGGAUACGUGGUGCCACAAAUAACUUGAGACUUCGGCAACUGGAACUAAGGGAAAACCAUGCUGUUGUGUUUAGCUGAAAUUUCUUAAACCAAAAAUAAGAAGUAUUUCUUGCAUACAAACAGUAUUAAUAAGUAACUCUGUGUUGGUAGUGUGAUGUGGUGAGUUGGUUUAAUUAAGACCAGCAUGAAGAGGAUAUAUGUCACCACAUGGUUUUAUUGGGCAAGAAAACGGAUCCUGUAGAGCCAAACUAUGCCAAAGUACUGCUGCCUUGUGUUUCACAGUCUAUAGUAGC